GCAAGAGCCAAUCGGGAGAGAGAGCUUCUGCGAGGGGCGGUUCCGCUUUCUUCGGGCCGCGCCUGCGCACAGGGCUGCGGGGUCACACGCGUGCUGCCGGCUGCAGUGGAUCUUCCUGCCGUCUCUGCGAGCCGAACCGGACUGCGCCUCGACCGAUUCGACCAGCAUGUCGUGGCUGUUCGGCCUGAACAAAGGGCAGCCCAGCCCGCCCCCGGAUCUCCCGGCUCCCCCUCCUCCGCCGGCUGGGGGCUCGGGAGGCAGCGGUGGGGAUAAACCCAAGGACAAAUGGAGCAACUUCGACCCGACCGGGCUGGAACGGGCGGCCCAGGCGGCCCGGGAGCUCGACAAAUCCCGCCAUGCGAAGGAGGCUCUGGAGAUGGCGCGCAUGCAGGAGCAGACGCUGCAGAUGGAGCACCAGGGCAAGAUGAAGGAGUACGAGGCGGCGCUGGAGCAGCUGAAGACGGACCAGAUCCGUGUCCAGGCAGAGGAGAGGCGGAAGACCCUGGGGGAGGAGACCAAGCAGCACCAGGCGAGAGCGCAGUACCAGGACAAGCUGGCGCGACAGAGGUACGAGGACCAGCUGAGACAGCAGCAACUGCUCAACGAGGAGAACCUGCGCAAGCAGGAGGAGUCCGUCCAGAAGCAGGAAGCCAUGAGGAAAGCCACGAUCGAGCACGAGAUGGAACUGCGGCACAAGAACGAGAUGCUGAGGGUCGAGGCCGAGGCCAGGUCCCGAGCCAAGGUGGAGCGAGAAAAUGCUGACAUCAUCCGCGAGCAGAUCCGGCUGAAGGCGGCCGAGCACAGACAGACUGUCCUGGAGUCCAUUCGGACGGCAGGGGCUGUGUUCGGAGAGGGGUUCCGCGCCUUCGUGUCGGACUGGGACAAGGUCACGGCCACGGUGGCAGGGCUGACCCUCCUGGCCGUGGGGGUGUACUCUGCGCGGAACGCCACCGCCGUGGCAGGGCGCUAUAUUGAGGCGCGGCUGGGCAGGCCGUCGCUGGUCAGGGAGACGUCCAGGAUCACAGUGGCGGAGACCCUGAAGCACCCCAUCAAGGUCGGGAAGCGUCUGACCAGCAAGCCCCAGGACGCCCUGGAAGGCGUGGUGCUCAGCCCAGCCCUGGAGGAGCGCGUGCGGGACAUCGCCAUAGCGACGCGCAACACGCGGCAGAACCGCGGCCUGUACCGGAAUAUCCUGAUGUACGGCCCGCCUGGUACCGGCAAGACGCUGUUCGCCAAGAAAUUGGCAGUGCAUUCUGGGAUGGACUACGCCAUCAUGACAGGGGGGGACGUGGCGCCGAUGGGCCGCGAUGGCGUUACUGCCAUGCACAAGGUGUUUGACUGGGCCAACACCAGCCGGAGAGGUCUCCUGCUGUUCGUAGAUGAAGCUGAUGCAUUCCUCCGCAAGAGGGCCACAGAGAAGAUCAGUGAAGAUCUCAGGGCCACUCUCAACGCCUUCCUGUACCGAACUGGAGAGCAGAGCAAAAAGUUCAUGCUGGUGUUGGCCAGCAACCAGCCGGAGCAGUUCGACUGGGCGAUCAACGACCGGAUCGACGAGAUCGUGAACUUCGCGCUGCCGGGGCUGGAGGAGAGGGAGCGCCUGGUCAGGCUCUACUUCGACAGAUACGUCCUGGAGCCGGCCACGCAGGGCAAGCAGCGUCUGAAGCUGGCGCAGUUCGACUACGGCAGGAAGUGCUCUGAGAUCGCACAGCUGACGGGGGGCAUGUCUGGCAGGGAGAUCUCCAAGCUGGGCGUGGCCUGGCAGGCUGCAGCCUACUCCUCAAUGGACGGCGUUCUGACUGAGGCCAUGAUCGACACGCGGGUGGUGGAUGCUAUCCGGCAGCACCAGCAGAAGAUGGACUGGUUGAGACGGGAACAUGCUGAGGGAGAGGGCAAGCCGGGGAUAACCCCACCACCCCCGGAGGGCACCCCGGUCUGACGAAGGGAGAAGGGGGUCGCCGAGGGGCUUGGGGCUGUAAGGGUGUGGGAUGGGGCGUCUGAUUAAACACAGCUGUCAAACGUCA